GUCCCGAAGUUGUUGAAGUACUGCUCAGUGGGGGCCACUAACUUGCUCGACUUGAUGGAAUCUGAAGGCAAGGCAGAGUUUGCAGCGCCGCGUGCAGCCCUGGCGCAUAUGGCAAAGGUAGCACUCGCCCAGAUGGUGACGCAGCAGAAGAUCAAG